UCCAUGAUCGAUCAGCCCAUUGGGCCGCCGGCCUACGCGCGGGGCGGAGCUCCUGACGACUUCGCGCAUCCGCCAUUGGUCAGAACGGAAGAUACGGGGCUCUGUCAUUGGCCGGCGGAAGUUCUGUCCGGUUCUCUCCCCCCCCUCCCCGUGCAUCGUUCUGUGUGUUGUCCCGAGAAGAAAGGCACGUGCGGGAGGCAUGUGGCGCCUGGUUCGCUGCAGGACUGUUGUCGAAGUCGGCUUACCAAAAUGACUGAAUUUGGAGAGGGCAACAAGCCAGCUUCCUAUAAAAGAAUAGUUCUGAAGAAUGCUUCUGAAUACCACUAUCUAAAGAUCCAUUUGGAGUUUCAGGAAGCUGACUUUAGCCUAAAUGCUGUUGAAUUCAAACAACUUAUCAUCUCUGCUCUGAAACGGCUGCAUGGUGAGGUUGGUGCCGCUUUGCUUGUCGAUGUGCUGACCUAUGAGGAAGAAACAUUGUCUGCAGUACUCAGAGUACCUAAUGUUGGCCUCGCAAAGCUGUGGAGUGCUCUGACGCUGUUUGGUUCAUAUCAGAACAGAAAGUGUGCUUUUAGGGUGAUACAGACUUCUCCGUUUCUUCUUGCGUUAGCUGGGAACAGCAGAGAACUGGUGCUGGAUUAAAUAAACUGAAAAGGCAACUUGACUCGAGCUUGUGAAAAGCCAGAGCUGU